AUGAUUUGGGGGGGGGUGUUGGGUAAGAGGAUUUGGGGGGUGGAGUUGGAAGGAUGGUUGUUUGAAGUGGGUUGGAUUGGUGGUUGGGAUUUAUGUGUGGUGAAGAUGUGGUUUUGUGGGUUUAUAUUAGGGGGGGUGGGGGUGGGGUGGGAGAUGGUGAGAGUUAUGUGUUUUGGGAUGGUUGGGUUGGGGGAGUAUGGGUUGAUUUGGGGGGUAGGGGGUGGGGGAGUGGGGGGAGGGUUGGGGGGGGUGAGUGAUGUGGUGGUGUUGGGGGGGGUGGGGUGUGUGGUGGGGGAAUGGUUGGGAGUUAAUGUGGGGGGGUUGGUUGUGAAAUAG